AUGGCCUCUCUCCGCCCGAAGCGUAGCAUCGUCGCCUCGAUGACGUCGCGGAAGCGGAAGAACUUCCUCGCGUGCACGUCUUUGUAUGCUCGUAGAGACCUCAAAUCCUCUGUCGCUAGGAAGAAUGUCUUCCUGGCGGUUGACACGGGCAUCAACGCGGCUUCUUUGUCCGCCUCCGUCAUGAGAUUCCGGACGGAGAAGCUCACGUAUGGUUUUCCCGAGGGCGUGGUGUCCGCCUCAUACUCGCAGUCUUCCUCGCACGCCAGUGGAUCGACGCAUCGGCCCAGGUCUAUGGAAGGCCUCGCUCUGGACGUUUCGUCACACCUUCGUUCGUAUGCUGCCAUCAUCAACGGCCAAGCCCUUCCAGCGGCGUCUCUGAAGCUCCUCGAGGUGCAUGCCAGGGAAGCGACGGAAGAGGCCCUCAUGUCCGAAUGUCUCUCGAGCAGUUCCAGCAGCACGUCCGCGUCGACGGACUCGAUGGGCGAGCAGGGGAGGAGGGCUCUGUGUGUGGCUAUCAAGGCCGUCAAGAAGCAUGCUCCUAGCGACAUGUCUCUGCAGAGUAAGCACAGGGUUUGCGAGAUGGUCAAGAAGGCGAGCGAGGAGUUGAACCACAACGCCAUGAAAAGGCAGCUGACGGACGGCGACAUCAAGUCUCUGACGAGCCUGUUGGCCAGCAAUCACCACCUGCUGCUCCACGACAUACCGACCUGGUUUCUCGAGCUCAACGACGACGGGACAUGCGGCCCGAAGAGGCUGGAGUGGUGGCAGGGAGAGUACAUCACCGACAUAGCUUUCAUGGUGCUCAAACUUCUCCGUAGUCUGAAGUACCUCUCGACCUUGGAAGAUACAUUGAAGGUGAUGGGUGCCCCUGAUGCUUCGACUUCCCUGGUCCACUACAUGCGGCUCUUGGACAGACCGAGGAUCCGCUCUACCGGAGAGGAGUCUCGGAACUUUCGAAAGGGAGCGAGGAACAUGCUCAACCUCCUGAACACGGGGAGCGUCUUCUUCGAUACGAGCAACUACGACCGGCCGAUCACCAGGGUGCACAUCGACGUGGCGGUCGACGUCAAACUGAUGUGCGCUUUUUGCUUCGCGACCAGGCCGGAAGGGAGGGCGGGCCCGGAGUGGCAGAGACUGCAUGUCUGUAGUCGUUGCAAGGGUAGGGCGUACUGCUCCAAGAAAUGCUCGGUUAGCGACUGGAAGGAGCAUAAGCUAUCGUGCAACAGCAGGGAGAAGGGGCAGGUGUCAUUGCGGGCUUGGGAGACAUUCAACGAGCCUGAAGAAGAAAAGGAAUGGUGUAAGUCGGUAGAUGACAUCUUGCUGGACAUGUCGAGAGACGUCUGA